CUUAUGGACGGAGUGGAUUUUACGUGGACAUCUCUGUGGCCCCAUGGAGCUCUGUAUUGCAGGAACUCCGUGCAACAGCCGUUGCCAGAAACUCGAGCCCCGGUAUACAUGUAGGGCGGGGCUUUUCACUUUCAUUUUCCCUCCUCUCCUACGUUUCACAGCAUUUCCCUCCGUUUGCUUCGAUGGUGGAAGACGGAGCUCCAUCGCCACCUCCUCCUCAAACCCUAGAAAAUCCCAUUGCUGAAUCUCAAAAGUUAGGCAAUGAAAUCGAAGAGACGUCGUCCUCCAAGAAGAAGAGAAAGGAACCCGAACCUGAUCAAGCAGACCCAGAAACCGAAGACUCCGAUACAGGAAACGCUAAGAAACUUAAGACGGAAGUAUCCUCUUCCGAAGGUGAUGAUUCCAACGGUCCGCUGCCUCUGCAGAGAAUGGAAAACGGGCUCGUACUUCACUCUCUGGAGGCACUCGAUAUUGAAAAAUGGCAUGCCGCAGGUGAUAUCAACUCAGAAGCAGAGGAAGAGGAGAUCAUGGCUAUAGUAGUAGUUGCAGUUGGGGCUGCCUGUGCAAUGGCUGCAGUAUGGUGUUAUGAAAAAUACUACAAACCUCGGCGGAACGAAUCUCAUAAACAACUCAAGGAGGAGGAGCAAGCCGAGGAAAUGAUUGCAAAUGCGAUGAAUAGUGUGGCUUCGGCAAUCUGUAAGAUAACCGAAGUGAUGCAUGGAGGAAACCGGGUGUCCAAAAUGAAGUCCUUGUUUGCAGAGAUCCAAAAGGUUCCAAACCUGAGUGAGCCACUCUUUUUCAAAGCAUACAAGUAUCUUGCUGCAGAUGAACACAAAGCAACUCUCUUCUUGGUCCUGGAUGAGGACACGAGGCGUGAGUGGUUGCUGAUGCAUCUUGAUGAGGUCUAGUUUGGGAUCAAGUGUACAUACAGUUGGGUGGGUUACUAAGGCAUGGUCCACGACAAAUGGUUUUUUGGUUGUUGUUUUGUCAUACAUGCAUUAGGACAUUGCAUGGUGUUUAUGCAAUUAAUGAUAGAUAGAUUUAGUUUGUUUUUCCUAUCCACAUGCAUUAAUGAUUUUGUAUUUUACAUGGAUGAUUUUUGAAGCUGUCUAUCAAUAGCUAGGAACUUCUGGCUCUGAUGCCAUGUAAAAAAACAUCGGAAUGAAUUAUCUGAAAUGGCUAUCAGAUGCUAUAUGUUGAUUUUA